UUGCUUCCUCCUGCGCCUCGCUCAGUGUACGAUCAGUGGAGCGGGCCUCAAAUGGGUUAGCCCUCGACUAUCUAUAGCGCAGGUGCAGCUCAAGCAGAUCGAAUUCCGGACUCGGCCACAUGCACGUACCAUAACGAACGAUGUAACCCUUUCCUCGUGGCGCCAGCAUCGGUGAACGCGUGGCGGACAACGUCGGGCAACCCGCUGGCGCCGCGCGCGGGCAGGGCGAACUCUUGUUUCGGGGCUCGCCGGAGCCGCUUUUAAAGCGUUCCGAGGGCACCUGAGCGGGUGGCGCCGUGAUCGCGAGAACAACUCCUCUUCACGUGCCGAGAAAUCUUUUUUUUUUUUUCAGUUCCGUCUGGCGCGUGCGGCACCGGGUGGACCGGGUCCGCGCAGUCGCAAGACACCAGCGCUCUUUGAUCCCGUGCCCGAGCUGAGGGAGCGGCACCAGGAAGAGAAAAAAUAACGAAUUGAGAAACUUUCGCUGACUUGUCUGUUAUGCCUCCACAUCCUUCCCGCUUCCUCUAUUCCCUGGCUGAGCGCGUGCAUCGUCGAGCGUGUAAACUUGCAACGAGGGAACACAGGCCGAGCAAGGAACGAUUAUUUACCGUGUGGUCACAGCAUCCGGACUCAAAUCGGCCCAUACAUCACGGUCGCGUGGCAAAACGCUCUGCUGACCGCGCAACAUGACCGUGACCGCACAUAAAGUGGGCGGCAUCGCGCUCGAGUUGUAGAUCUGCGCGAGAGUUCACUGUGUGACGGUGCAACAAGGCUGCUUAGCUCGACUCGGCAGGGACCUGCAAGUGAUUUCGGACUGGUGCGAGGCAUUCCUCGGUAAGAGAUGAGUGCUGGCCGUUCCUCGAGCCACCGCCGCCGCCUCGUGGCCGUGCCGCCGCUGCUGGUGCUGCUCGCGCUGCUGGCUGCAGUCCCUGCGUGUGUGGGCAAGAAGCUGCACAAGAUGGCUGUGCUGGCCGGUGCGUACGGCAUUGGCGCCGGCGGACACUUGCUGGGCGGCCUGGGCCUGCUACACGGCUUGCAUGGUCUCUACAGCCACCACCAUGGGCACCACCACGGCUACCACCACGGUCAUCACUACGAGCACCACGUAUCGUACGCCGUGCCAGUACCGGUGCCGGUGCCAGUGCACGUUCACCAUCUGCACACGGGAUAUCACCAUGACCUCGGCUACCACGGCUUCGGAUACCACAGCGGCUAUGGUGGAUACGGCGGUUGGUGGUGAAGCCAUGAACUAUGACCUCAGCGGAGAGCACCAGCUGGCUUAACAUAAGACCAGAACACCAGGGACUCCGGAGUGAAGGCCUAUGUGUGAAUAUUGCAUGUGACAGCAUGUUCCGACCCGAACGAGCAGGUUACAUAAUGUAAGAAUCAUUUUUUAAGGUAGUUCUCUUAACAGCAGAAUUUCAACCAGCUAUAGCAGGAGUAGCCUUGUGAUGGCUCAGGCUGGAUCCGACCGCAUCCUCAGGAAAGUUGACAGUUGUCUUUUGAUACGCUGCUGAACAACUCGACAAGAUUCUUACUAUCUAUUUGAGAUCAAUGAAUUUCUGACACGCGAUCAAUUUGGCUGUGCCAUUAGUUCCUAGUUUCCACCUGUAUCGCGACAUGCACGCACAACGGUGCAAGCUCAAUAAAUAUAUUUUAGCCACCCGUCC